AUGCAGCAGCAGCACAACAACGACGCCAGGUGGACGGCCCUCCCGCUUCCAGGCCACACGCACACGCACACCGCACCGGGCGCCGAGCCCGCGCCACCACAGCAGAAGAGCAGCGAGCUGACGAGCCCUUCCACCUCGCCCGUCGUCGAGACGAGCGCGCUCCCGGGUACGAGCCAGAUGAAGAAGGGCACGGGACUCAUGUCCGUCGACGACUCGCCGCGGACCCGCUUCUGA